AAAUCUACAACACACAACGGCAUGGCUGCAAAAUGUUCAGCUGAAAAGUACUGUAGAUAUGAACGUAGAAGAUCUUGUACAGUAUGGUCCUCGUUUGAAUUGGUUAGCUUCUAGAACUCUGAGGACUUUGACGACAACGGUGUGGUCUUCCUGUGUGGUUUAAUUAUCCCUGUAAGAUGAGGAGGGUUUCUACAUCAGAUCCUUUGAACCAAAGCUUCCCCCGACUUUCUAAGACUUUUCUAUAGGCACGCGUCCCCGAGGGCGGGGCGGGGGCUACAGGCCUCUUGUAGCCAUUGUGCCCCCAAAACGGCCAAUCAGAGAGUGAGCGUGUGCCGGGCUCUGCAGUAUAAAAUGCUGGCAGAUUUUCAGAGGCAGCACACAAAACACUCCUCUCUGGACUUUUUGGACCACAUCAGCUGAACUGAAUCUAAAAACAUCACCAUGCAGUCUCCUGGGAAAUCUCUGAAGGAAGCUCUGCUCUGGGCUCAGAGCGAGGAUCGACUCACCGCUGGAGUCUAUGAGAGCGCUAAGAUCAUGACUGAUGACCCGGACAGUGUGUCUUUCUGCGUCCUGGCCAUGGACGAGGAGUUCCAGUGUGACAUCGCUCUGCAGAUCCACUUCACCCUCAUCCAGUCCUUCUGCUUCGACAACGACAUCAGCAUCGUCAGAGUGAGCGACAUGCAGCGUCUGGCUGAGAUUGUCGGCGACAAGGCGGAGCCGCUCGAAGAUGCCCACUGCGUCCUCAUCACGAACCCAGCUGAUGGGUCUUGGGAGGACCCUGCUCUGGAGAAGCUGCACCUGUUCUGUGAGGAGAGCCGCCGUCUGAACGACUGGGUUCCUGAGAUCAGCCUCCCCGAGCGUUGAUCCGGGCUCCUCUCGAUCUUUUUUUGCUCAGAUGCUGUAAAGCUUCUCAUCUGGAAAUACUCAUCCUGAUGAACAGGACGAGCCUGUUUCUGCCCAUCCCUGGACACUCCUGAGGAGGAUUCCCCCGUCCAGGCAGCACGGCGCCGGCCCCAGGGGGGCCCCCGUGAACCGUCGCCUCUCGUCCCUUCCAUGCCAAGAUGGCUCUCAUUCUUUAUGUGAACGAGAGUCAGGUAUGCCACGAGAGCGACGCAUCGACCCUCAUUCUUUGUGCGGAUGAGGUUUGGAGAGGAAGGAGAUGCGAGUUGUGCGUCCUGUGGGGGGUUCCCCCCCCCCAGCAGAGCAAACGUCGCACCCCGAAGCACGCGCAGCAGGAGAAGAAGCGGUGCUGAGACAGAGGCGUUCUUAAAAAAAGGGACUUUUUUAAAAGACGUCCUCUUAUCGCUGAGCAACACGACAACAGUUGCAAACAGCGGAAAUGUUUCCCACUUUCCAGAAUUGUCUUAAUGCUCUAAAGGUUUCACUUUAGAAAUUUAACAAUGACAAAUAAUAUUCUAAAACGUAA